GUCGGUCUGGGCAGCCAGUCGCCGUCAUGUGUCUGUGUCGCGGGUGCCUCUGCCCGCCGCACUCGCUACGCUUGUCGCACAUCAAACGCGAAUGGCAUGACCCGCUCAUCCUGACGAAUCUAAUCUAUGUCGCGGCCUCUCUCGUGUCGUUCGCGUUGGGCCAGUACACGUGCGCGAUGCUGCAGCUUGGAGCGUCGAUCGCAUCGACUAUGUUUCAUCGCCACCGCGAAACCAAGUACCUUCCACUCGACGCGUGCAUCUCCGGUAACUUGGGCGUGAUUGCUCUCUAUCUGGCGUACCAUGCCCACCUGAACGACCUGCACCACGUGCUGGGCAUCAAGUUUACACUCGGCCUAGCCUGUGCAUUCACAUUCAUUUACUGCGGGAUGCCGGGGGAUGUCCAGUACGAGCUUUGGCACAGACACUGGCACUUUGCCUCAGGCAGCACCACCUUGGUCACCUCGGUCCUCCUCAGCUUUUACAUCCCUGAUUUCGACUCGAUCUUGAUCAAUGCCAUCGGGUUUGGCUUUUAACAUGGAUCAAAUGUCCUCGGUGAACGGUGCAUGACGAGCGUGUUCAAUCAUUAUCAGGAAAGCGAUAUCAAAUCCAACAUACCAUAACCAGGAAAAGCCCAUAAAGAGUACGGAGCCCUGUACCUGUCGCGUAGUCGCGUUCCCAGCUCCUAGUCGUCCUUCGCAUGACGACCAGGGCUGUCGUUUCUCGCAGUUGUUGGCUUCGAUCUUGCUGGGGUGUGGCGAG